GUGCGGCUCAGUGCCAGGUUAGGUGUUUUCGCCUUGAUCGACUUGCCGGGGGCCGGUCUGCAGUUUCGACGGUAAACCUGUGACUUGCCAGUUUCGACAGUCCAGAGAUUUACGACAGGCCAAAAUGGUGGAUCAAAAUGUUAUCGAUGAAAUAAUGCGAUUCAAGGCAGCUUUGGAGCGCCGUGAGGAUGCUUCUGACUCUGAGGAGUCAAUAGGCGCUUCUACCUCGAAUCGUGGGCGAAAACUCAAGCGCAAGGCACGGACGGUGCACGAGGGUCGUCUGGGCAUGGCUUACGGGGCGGGACUACAAACAGAGGCUGUUGAAUAUGCAAACAAGCGCAGACAAGUGAUUCGUCUUCUGUCGACCCACAAGCGCGCAGCUGAUAGUGACUCUGACGAGGAGUAUGGCGACGACGAGGAUGAGGAGGUCGACGAAGACGAUGACCCAUACGCUGGCAUAGAUUUGGAAGCUAUCCUGUCACCUAUCGGCCAUCCGUCAGAGCUACCGGGACACCCUGGUCUCUCGAAAGCUUACACCCGGACUACGAUCUCGACACUGGCACGACGUGCUCUGGACCUGAUCUGCACUGAACAGAAGCAGGUAUCGCAACUAAACCGACUACUAGCGGCGUUUCUCGGGGACAACCCCACUUAUAUCCGCGACGGGAACCUGCAUCUACCAGAAUUGUAUGAUCACGAUGGAGAAGGUGAUAAGCCGCCUACGAGCGAUACGAGCGCAGACAAGGCUGCGGGUGAAGACGGGAGCACAAAACUGAACGGAUACAGUAGUAAAUCCGAGAGUGCAAUUAAAGCAGAGGAUACAGAGAAUGGGAUAAACGGGAAUGGCCUUCCUGUGGACGGGCAAGAGGAGGGUAGCGACGCGGAUGACGCCGGACAUGCGCAGACCCGGCGUAUAACGCGGAACCAGACCACUAACGAGAUCGAACCCUUCUUUGCACUGCCGAGACUGGAGAUCGACCGUGACUUUGGGUUUCCGCCGGACGUCGCGCAGGAGACGAGACAGCUUGCGCAGAUUGCGGCCCAGCGAGGAGAGGAGUUUAUCCGGUCGCUGUACAAGAUCCGGGCGGGGUUGCUGCGGGCGGACCGAUGCCGUGCGCAGGUUUACAAGUGGUGUCGGGAGGUUGGAGGGGACAUGAGCGAGGACGAGGAGUCGCCCCAGCAGACAUGAGGGAGUAGUCGAUAGUUGAAGAUGAGAGUGUAGUUCUAGUUAAUGGAAGGAGUUAAAGUGAAGAGAAG